AUGCCGGGGAAGCGGGGAUCGGCGGGCGGCGGUGGCGGCGGCGGGGAGCUCCCGGGGGCCGGAGCGCCGCGGCAGCGGAGACGGCGGAGGAAGGUCUCCUGCUUCUCCAGCAUCCAGCUCUUCCUGGUGUCCGAGUGCGCCCUGAUGCUGGCCCAGGGCACGGUGGGAGCCUACCUGGUGAGUGUUUUAACCACCUUGGAGCGGCGAUUCAACCUCCAGAGUGCUGAUGUGGGUGUCAUUGCCAGCAGCUUCGAGAUUGGCAACCUGGCCCUCAUCCUCUUCGUGAGCUACUUCGGAGCCCGAGGACACCGACCACGCUUGAUAGGAUGUGGAGGGAUAGUCAUGGCCUUGGGUGCCCUCCUUUCCGCGUUGCCUGAAUUUCUGACGCACCAGUAUGAAUAUGAAUCGGGAGAAAUACGCUGGGGGGCCGAAGGGAGGGAUGUGUGCGCUGCCAACGGGUCCACCAGCAAUGAGGGACCAGACCCGGACCUUAUCUGCAGGAAUAGGACUGCUACCAACAUGAUGUACUUGCUGCUCAUUGGAGCACAGGUUCUCCUGGGCAUUGGUGCUACCCCUGUCCAGCCCCUGGGAGUUUCCUACAUUGAUGACCACGUGAGGCGGAAAGAUUCCUCCCUGUACAUAGGGAUCCUGUUUACGAUGUUGGUAUUUGGACCAGCCUGUGGAUUUAUCUUGGGCUCCUUCUGUACCAAAAUCUAUGUGGAUGCUGUCUUCAUUGACACAAGUAAGCUGGACAUCACCCCGGACGACCCCCGGUGGAUCGGCGCGUGGUGGGGAGGCUUCCUGCUGUGUGGUGCCUUACUCUUCUUCUCGUCCCUGCCGAUGUUCGGGUUCCCUCAGUCCUUGCCCCCGCGGCCGGAGCACGCCGGGGAGAGCGAGCAGGCCAUGCUUCCCGAGAGGGACUACGAGAGGCCCAAGCCCAGCAACGGGGUCCUGCGGCAUGCACUGGAGGGGGAGAGCAGCACAACCUGCUUCCAGCAGCUGCGAGUGAUCCCCAAAGUAACCAAGCACUUGCUCUCCAAUCCUGUCUUCACCUGCAUCAUCCUGGCGGCCUGCAUGGAGAUCGCGGUGGUGGCUGGCUUCGCCGCCUUCCUGGGGAAGUACCUGGAGCAGCAGUUCAACCUCACCACCUCAUCUGCCAACCAGCUCCUGGGGAUGACAGCAAUCCCAUGCGCCUGUUUGGGCAUAUUCCUGGGUGGCCUCUUGGUGAAGAAGCUCAGCCUGUCUGCUCUGGGAGCCAUCAGGAUGGCCAUGCUGGUGAACCUGGUGUCCACAGCUUGCUACGUGUCUUUCCUGUUCCUGGGAUGCGACACAGGACCUGUAGCAGGGGUUACUGUUCCCUAUGGAAACAACUCAACUCCAACCUCAUCUCUGGACCCGUAUUCCCCCUGCAAUAACAACUGUGAAUGCCAAACUGAUUCCUUCACUCCAGUCUGUGGGGCAGACGGGGUCACGUACUUAUCUGCCUGCUUUGCUGGCUGCAGCAGCACGAACCUCAGUGGCUGUUCCUGCCUCACCUCGGUCCCUGCCGAAAAUGCCACCGUCGUCCCCGGCAAAUGCCCCAGUCCCGGCUGCGAAGAGGCCUUCUUGACAUUCCUCUGCGUGAUGUGUGUCUGCAGCAUGAUCGGGGCCAUGGCGCAGACGCCAUCAGUCAUCAUACUCAUCAGAACCGUGAGCCCCGAACUCAAGUCUUACGCUUUGGGGGUGCUUUUCCUGCUUCUCCGUUUGCUAGGUUUUAUCCCACCUCCGCUGAUCUUUGGGGCUGGAAUUGACUCCACGUGUCUGUUCUGGAGCACGUUCUGUGGCGAGCAAGGAGCCUGCGCGCUGUAUGACAACGUGGUCUAUAGAUACCUGUAUGUUAGCAUUGCUAUAGCCCUGAAGUCUUUUGCGUUCAUCUUAUAUACCACCACCUGGCAGUGCUUGAGGAAAAACUAUAAAAGAUACAUCAAGAACCACGAAGGUGGUCUCAGCACUAGUGAGUUUUUUGCCUCUACUCUCACCCUAGACAAUCUGGGGCGGGACUCGGUGCCCCCAAAUCAACCACACAGGACAAAAUUUAUCUAUAACCUUGAAGAUCAUGAGUGGUGUGAAAAUAUGGAGUCUGUUUUAUAGUGACUGUGGAGGGGUGAACUGUAUUAAUAAUACAAGGGUCCUUUUUAAUAAAAACAAAGAAGAGAGUGAGAAUGAAGAAACACAACUGCAAAACACCAACGGCAACACAGGAAACUUUUGUCUUUUUCUCAAAGUCAGACCCAGCCAGGAUUCUUGAGAACAGCGUCUUCGAAUGGGAUCACUUGUGAAGUCCUGCGGGGUGUUGGAGAACGCCAGGAGCACCCCCGUGGCUGGGUACCAGGCCCUUUGAUGACAGUACGAGCUUCCAAGAAGGUCAUGGGAGACCUCGGCAAAACAAGACAGGCUUGUUCAUGAGGCCCAGAGAAAGCAAGGUGAUAACAGCAGUGUCAUAACAAGCGUUUGCAGCUGCAAACAGGGCCCCCCCAGGGAUACGUGGAGCCCCCAAAGGGUUGGCCAGUCUGGGUGCUGUGCUCUGGUGAUGGCAAAGAGGGGGAGCGGUGCUGGAGGUGUUCACCAGUCCCACUCCAUUACCAGCCACUGGUGGCCAAUAAAUACCUUGAGAGCUGCUGGAAGCCUUCCAGGUGGCGGGCAGUGCUGUCAGAGGUGUCCGAGUCCUUCCAGCCGAGGCGUAUUCGCAGCUUUUGUGCUUGUCUGCGGAUAGCUCUGCCCAGAUCUCUCAAACCCAGUCAAGUUCAAGACAUUUGCUCACACUUGCCAAACGUGCUGUCAUUUUUAAAGGGGGAUGAAUUCCAAAUACUUGUCUGUGUAGUCCUCUAAUAAGAUUUUUUUUUAAAAAAAAAAACAACUUAUUUUCAAAUCUAUGUUAACCCUUAAAUCGCUGACACUUUUCCAUAGGGAGGAUUUAUUUAUGCUCGUUUGGGGAAGGAUCCUGUUUAAUUCACCCAAACAUAAUGUGACUCAAGGGGUUUGUUUAAUCCUCUGCGUUUUUUAUCCAUACGCCUUCAUUCUAAUAUGCUACCAAGCCAAUGAAGACACAUAAUAUGUUUUUAAAAAACGGAACGAAUGCACUGUGUCUCUAUAAAAACAAUUGUCAGUUGGAGAAUUAUAGAUAAUAUGAUGAUUUACAUAAUAUAGUUUUUUUUUCAUAUUCUAUGUGACUCAGUGAAUACAUAUAUAUAUGGAGAGGCUGUUUAUGUUCUCUCCAGUUUUUAAAGAUAUAUAUAUAUAAUUUGCAAUCUAGAAAUUGUGUGGUGGAUGUUUUCUUUAAAGUAAGUGUGCGUGUGUGUGUGUACAAGAUGAAAGGAAUACUGACCUUAAUCCUGCAGCCCUCACAAUUGAUAUUUUUUUUUUUUUUUCCCCUGAGAGAUUCCAUUGACUUCAGUGGAUGCUGUGUGAGGAAGGUGGAAUAAAUCUCCCUACCCGGAGGCCACGUUUUGCCCUUAGAUGUGCAAAUGGUGUUCCUGGGGAAGGCUGAGUUAGGGCAGCAGAGGCUGGCCAGCAUUGAGCACCUCUGAAAUUUUCAUUCAGCCCCUCAAGUUGAAGGCACCCAUGCAGGAGCAGAUUGGGCUUUGCUUUUGCAAUGCAGCCUUAUCUAAGCCUGCAAAAGUCAUGGGGGAGCUUUUAUCUGAUUUCAAGAAGCGUUGGGUCAGGCUUAUUUUGCAUACCUUUUCUUUUUUUUUUUUUCCCUCCAAAACAUUCCUGCUGGGAAGCAAUACAAAUUGGUUGUGUUUGAUGAGUUUCCCCCCCAGAACCAGACCCAUUUCCAAUGGACUAAAUGUCAGAAGGGUUUUAAGGGUUAGCAUCGUAAUCAAAAAGCUCCUUUUUUUUUUGUUUUGUUUUGUUUGUAUUUUGAAGCUGUUGUGAACUUGCAGGUGUUUAGAGAAGUCACCUGGCAUGUGGAACCGAAUGCUGGACGUCAAUUCCAUGCAGCUGGUGGAGGGGCUCAUCUUCCCCAAGUCCUUGUCCAUUGCUGGCAGUGGACACCCCAGAGUUGGCACAAUUACACAGGGUUGAUAACUUGCCACUCAUGUUCAACAUCUUUUUAGCAGACUUUGCUCUUAUCUAGGCAUUGAAACAUGGGUGUGCGGUAUCAAACUGCUUCCACUUGACUGACUUUACAUGUGUGUUUGUAAUUUAUGCACAGCAUUAUAUGUUCAGCAACAAUAAGGGCAAAAACAAAAAAAAAGGGUGUAUCAAAUAAACUCCACUGUGCCAAAUACUCAACAAAUAUUGUAAUUGCAGAUAUUUGAGUCUUGGUUUUCAGCCAUGUUAAGAAUCACUUGAUUAAUGAAGGAGUUUAAAAAAAAAAAAGUUAUUAAGCUAUGCAGUGCCAUUGUUAUGUUGGGUGGUAAAUGAUGCUUUUUAGGCCAUUAGAUUGGUUUAGUAUAUCCUGUCUGCUAAAAUAGAGAUACUGCAUCCAUAAAACAAUGAAUUUAAAAAAGGCACAGGGUGCAUAACUGUCUCAUAAAAUAUGUAUAAUUGUCAA